UUUGCAGAGGAUGAGGACGAAUAUAGCUUUCAUGUUUCGCGGUACCGACCAGAAGAAUUGCAAAAGUUAGCCUCAAGGACUAAAUUUACUAGAAAAGAAAUUCAGCUCAUGUAUAGGGGAUUUAAGCAGGAAUGUCCAACUGGUAUGGUCGAUGAAGAAGCUUUUAAACACAUAUUUUCUCAAUUCUUUCCACAAGGAGAUGCUACAAACUAUGCCCAUUAUGUAUUCAACACUAUUAAACAAAAACAAACUGGAAAAAUUAGUUUUGAGGAUUUUCUUGGAAUAUUAUCAAAAGUUUCACGAGGUAGUGUUCAGGAAAAGAUGCAGUGGAUAUUUGGCCUUUAUGAUCUUAACGGUGACGGUCUCAUCUCGAAAGCGGAAAUGAUAGACGUCGUUUCUAGUAUUUAUGAAAUGUUAGGAAGGGCUACAAAUCCACUUGUGGACGAUAGCACAGCGAAGGACCACGUCGAAAAAAUAUUUCACCAAAUUGAUACAAAUAAAGACGGCGUCGUCACAAUAGAAGAAUUAAUGGAAUGGUGUUCAAGGGAUGAACACUUCCUUAAAUCUUUAGACACUUUAGAUACAAUAUUGUGAUCUAGUGUUACGCUGAACGAUUUUAUAUGUAUAGUUUUAGAUAUUGAAAAUGUCCAGUCCUUUAUUUAUAAUAAAGAACUGUUUGAAAAAUACGUAACAAGAAGUAGUUGCCGUAUUUGGUGACCUGUUCAACAAUUUCAUCUCGGCGAAUGAUGCAUUUACUACAAAAUAUUUCGGCAUUUUCAUUUUAAUUUCAUUUGUUUAGUGGCUGAUUUCAACUUGUGCCAAUUUAAUAAAACGAUAUUGUAAAACAUUCUCAAACAAUUGUAAUGGAAAAUGUAGGGCAAAGACUGAAUAUGAAUGAGAUUAGCAUAUUCAACGAUUUUAAUAAAGUCUAAUAAUAGCUUGCAACAAGAAUUUAACUUAUAUAUUGUUAUUAAAAAUUGUUGUCUGACCUUCUAUAUAUCGCAUAGAGGUGUUCUUUCAAAGUACCUUUUCUAAAUAUGAAAUAGAAAGAUAAUCUACAUUCUUCAAACUGAUACGCGUAAUGUUUAUUAGGAAUUAUUUAUUUAAUACACAAGUAAUGCAGUAAAGUAUAGCAAAACUAGUACUAAUUACGUGUUUAUUCAAUAAAUUCGUUAGAUUCAGUGGAUUCCAAGAUUAUAAGUGGUAAAAAUACGAUCAUGUAAUUUUUAUUCAAACAGUAGUUAGAUUCAUUUCCGUGAAACUAUUGCAGAUCAACUUUUAUAAAUGUCAGUAAUACUGUGCAUUUUUUGUUUAGCUUAGUAAUUUAUUGAGAAAGCACAUUUCUAAAAUGUGCUGAAGUAUAUGCUAUGCAAUUGACUAUUAAUUAAGUAAGUGAAAAUGUUUGUACUAAUUAAGCGUCACAGUUACCCAAACUGUGGACCUUGUUGUGCUUUUUUGACUAUUGCGUUUCAAUAUUUAAAUAACGAUAAAUAGUUAGGAAUUUGUCCUGUAUUUAUAACGUGUAAGCGCUACAUUUACCUUACAUUACUUAUUACACAACUUAUUGUUUUACGUAUUAUAUGUAAAUGUUACUUCGCUGUUACCGUGUCUACAAUUUUUUGUAGGGUAGAAUAGUAAAUAUAAAUAUAAAAAAAAAUGGUAGAUCUGUAUAGAGGAAAAAAAGGAAUUUAAAAAGGUAAGAACCAUUAGGCUUAAGCAAACCAAGUGCUUCUUUUAUCUGUUUAAAUUCCUUUUUGAAAAUAUUUUACCAAGUGAUAAGCCCAGUAUUUGUACAUAUGUAUGUAUAGGCCAUUUAAAACAUUUUUUGAUUUCGAACCAAUUAAAUGUUUAAUGUUUAUAUUAUAAUAAAAAAAUAGUAGAUACUCUCAUCUACUUCUAUAGAUGCUCGACGUAUUACUGUUUACUUUUUAAUUUUCAAAUCCUAAAAUUAUAAUAUUGUACAUUCCAAUAGUGUAAAUCCUUUUAAUGCACUUUACGUGUAUACAUUUACAAAAAUUCGCCUGUUCCUCUAACAAUUAGCUUUAAUAGAAUGGGAAAAGUAGUGAAUGCAUUUCUCAUGUAGCUACAGUAUAUUUACUAUUUAUACCAGGUAUUUUCAUACCA